CUCUGGAAGCAAGUUGUGUUUUAGCUCUCUGGCGCCCAGGCGAUCUUCGGCGAUCAGCGAUCAGCGAUCAGCGAUUAGAGUUUUGCGAGCAGCGAGCAGCGUUCGGCGACCAGCGAUUAGUUGUAGAGGCUAGGAGAGUUUAGAGGAUAGCGCGCUUCCUGUUACAGAGCAUUCCCCUGCUCUGCAGCAUGGCGGCAUUUGUGGCGGGCCUGCUUGGCUUCAGCGAGCAGGAGUUUCACUUCCGCGUGCAGCGAGCGAACCACUUGACGGUCGCUCCUCUCCUGAGCCUCUACCACUCCAUCUCUCCCCUCCUAGGUCUGACUGCCUCCUCUGAUGAUGUUCCGGUGGUUGCUGCUGUUGAUGAGGCAGUUCCCCUCUCUACUUCUUCUCAGCCUGCUCAGCUCCUCGAGGAUGCGGAUGGUGAACAAAACCACGCGCAAUCUGACGCCUCCGCCCUCGAGCCCCUCAGCCUGAACUCUGAUGCUAAAUCUCAGGAGGGAGAGCUGCAGCUUACUUUGUGCGAGCAGGGAUUGUGCGGCAGAGGGGAGGCACUGCCUCAAAGGGGAGAGCGAGAGAGGGAGAGGCUGGAUUUUUGUUUAGAGGAGGGCUUGGCUGGCCGUGAGGAGGCCCUGCCGAAGGAUGGGGAGGGGAGUCAGUGGGUGGGGCGUGAGGUUGCAGACUUGUCAUUGGCAAGGGGGGCAGCGAGCAUUGCGCAGCUGGAUGGGGGUUGCUUGGUCAAGAUCCUGUCCCAUGUGGACAACAAGACUCUUCAGGCGUGCUCCUUGGUUUGCCGCGAGUGGCUUGAGGUUUCCAGCUUUGCGCGCACGCUCAUGAGUCUGCAAGAAGGCCCCCAGAUCACUGCCCUCCCCUCGCUGGUCGCACGCUUCUCACGGCUGCAGAGUCUGCACAUCCAGGGCCCCAAGACUGAGACCAUCCCCGCCUGGUUCCUCCCCGAAGACUACGUCGCACCAGAACAACCCCGCACAGACUUGGCCAACAUCGUUCCCCUCAAUGACUUUGGAAUGGACAUCAUCGCUCGCGGCUGCCGCGGUCUCUGCAAGCUGGAACUAGAAUGGUGCUCUGGCUUCUCUGACGUCGGACUUGCGGCAGUUCUGAGGGGUUGUUCUGAGUUGCUUGACCUGAGCCUGGCCUACUGCGGGGGGUUCUCUGGGGAGGGGGCAUUCGCUGGCGUCUCGUGCAGACUAGAGAAGCUUGUGCUGGACGCCUGCGACAAGUUGACGAACGAGGGCUUGCUUGCGGCUGCGGUGGCGUGCCCCCAGCUGAGAGAUCUCAGCGUUCUCAUGGAUAAGGAGAACGAUGCGCUGGCAGUGGGGCUGGAGGGAGCCGCUAGAUCGUGUAGGGGCCUGCAUGCGCUCAUGAUCCACGCCUGUGGGAUCAGCGAUGCAACGCUGCGAGCAGUAGCCGUCAGCUGCCCUCAGCUGCAGCAGGUCACCGUCACGUGCGAGCCCGCCGUCACACACACGGGGCUCACGGCCUUCUUUGAGAGGCUGCCAAAGCUGGAGGAGCUGACGCUGCAGAACAUGGAGGGGUUGGUGCAUCUGCCGCGCUUCAGGGCUGGUCGGUGCCUAAAAAAGCUGCGGCUGGGCAUCUUCUGGGAUGUGCCGGACGAGGUCCUUAGGGAGGUUUCCGAGGAAACGAACCUGGAGGAGCUGCUGCUGAUUUCUUGUCACCAACUAACCGAUGUGACGGUUGACAUGAUCUUUGCUGGCUGCAAGAGGUUGAAGCGUCUGGUCUUGUAUGAUAACGAGUUGGUGUCAACGGAGUCGAUAGCGGCUCUUCACAAGAGCGGCAGGAAAGUCAAGCUGGUUGUUGGAGAGUGUCCGGGUUCUAGGGAGGGAGCUUUUGCGCCAGAGUGGUAUGGUGAAAUGGAGCAGAUUAAUUACUUUCUUUCCUAGAUCGCAUAGGAUACUCGACAUUAUUCUAAACAGGUUGCAGAUUGACGAUUUUCAGCUUGAAGAAAAGCUCGCUACACCAACAAGCCAAACGUGAACUGGACAGUGUAUGCAUACAACGGUUGUAGCUGAAAGUAUAGGUUGGCAGAAAGCCC